AUUCUUUGGUGCGCAAAUAGGAAUAUAGCGAUUGGACUGGUCUCUUGCGUUUCAGUAACAAAAGCAGUGGAGCUGGAGCGUCGCUGUGCUUGCAUGAUAGAACAGAGGCUAAAACAGGGCAGUUCUGAUGGGUCUGAACUAAAUAACCACACAACCUGUGCUGGAAAACCAUGGCUCUUAACAGCUUAUAAAGAAUAUUGGAGACCAUUACCGUGGACUUAUUCUAUUCUACAAUGAUAAACCUGUGCGUCAACCAGGACUGAGGCUGAUUUGGGUCCAGUCUAGGUGAUGGCUGAUGUGCUGGAGCUCAGGACUGAUGGGAACUCUCUUCUGAAGGCGGUGUGGCUUCGACGUUUGCGCCUUACAAGGCUUCUGCUAGAGGGAGGAGCUUACAUCAAUGAGAGCAAUGACCGAGGAGAGACGCCACUCAUGGUGGCAUGCAUGUCCAAACACUCUGACCAGCAAAGUGUCAACAAGGCAAAGUUGGUCAAGUAUCUACUGGACAACAAAGCUGACCCUAACAUUCAAGACAAAGCUGGAAGGACGGCCCUCAUGCAUGCAUGCAGCCAGAGGGCGGGACAUGAGGUGGUGUCUCUCCUGCUGUCCAAUGGGGCUGAUCCAAGCCUGGAUGAUCGUCACGGAUCUUCUGCUCUAGUCUACGCUGUCAAUGCAGACGAUAAAGAAACCCUUAAAGUUCUCCUGGAUGCCUGCAAAGCUAAAGGCAAGGAGGUGAUUAUCAUCACCACUGACAAAUCCCCAUCUGGAACCAAAACCACCAAGCAGUACCUGAAUAUUCCUCCCUCGCCAGAGCUGGAGGAGAGAACCUCUCCUGCACCGUGUGCCUCACCUUCAGAUAUAGAUCUGCAUGCAUCACCAUCUCCGAGCAAAGAGGAAGAGAAAGACACCGUAUUCAAUUUUCAAACCAAGUUUAAGUCAACCUCAAACACAGCUGCAAAACUCGCCAACGGACUUACCUCUCCCAGUAAGAAGCCAGUGAACCCCAAGAGGGCUCGUCUACCCCAGUUGAAACGUUUACAGUCAGAGCCCUGGGGUCUGAUUGCCCCCUCUGUCCUAGCAGCAGCCAAUGAAGAGAGCAAAAGAGCCAACUCUGAUGAAAAUGUUGUUGCGGGUGUCAACGGGCUGAGCCUGUCCAAAAGAGGCACUUUGUCUCGGCAUAACAGAGUUGAUGGAAAAGAUAUUCUUUUUCCAAUGGUGGGAGAUCAGGCGACAAAAAUCUCCCCAACUUCAUCGCAUCCAACACCAUCCAAAGUUUUAUAUGACAGAUCUCUUUCACAGCACCAGCCUCUGACACGACGUAGCACCGUCCCCACAGAGCAGGACGGCACUGGAGGAAACUUUGGGCCAGCUAGCCUCAGAGAUACAGUGUACCGGAGAAGACUGGGGAAUGAGCACUAUGACUCGGACUCCCAGCUGUACUCAGAUUCCAGCUUGCUAGACUCUCCCAAGGCACCAAUGGAGAGAAGAAAGCUCAAUACAUCCCCCCUUGCAAUGCUUACAGGCUCACGAGAGUCGUUAGACAGCAAUCCCAGUACCUCCUCCCCUAGCACAGCCAGAUGCCGAGCACCUGGUCUGUUGGAGCGGCGUGGCUCUGGAACGCUCUUGCUGGACUACAUAUCCCAUACGCGUCCGGGUCACCUGCCCCCAUUGAAUGUCAACCCUAACCCUCCUAUUCCUGAUAUAGGAGCCAGCAGCAAGCCCUCAUCCCCACUUGCAGCAGGAAUUAGACCAAUAGCUCCAGUAGCACCAAACUCACCAAAGAGAGGCAACCUCAGGACGAAGAAAAAGCUUGUUAGAAGGCACUCUAUGCAAGUGGAACAGAUGAAGCAGCUUUCAAAUUUUGAAGAGCUCAACCACCAGUCGUGAGAGUCAAUCUAUGUAGAUGUAGCAACUUGAAAAUGUAUAAAAAUGAAAGGAGUUUUAUAGACUACGUUGAUUGCUUAGACAGGUGAAAGCAGGUACCUGUAAUAGUACGUAAAGGUAGUAAGCGCGAAAUGUAGCCAUUUAGGGCAAAGGGAUAUUUUAUCAUUCAAUAUGCUAGUUUGGAAAAAAUCAAAAAGUAAAAAUGAAUCUAAUACCUAAGAGUUUAAAAAAGUCACAGAUGCAUAAAUAGCUUAUUGUGUUGUCAAGAUGAAGAUAUUUCAGGAUGCAACCUAGCUGUUAAAGAUUAGUAUAGAUCUAAUAUAUCACGUACCGUUGUAGAGUAAGCUUAGACUGUCACUUCCUACCACCCACAGAACUAAUUUUCAAAAUAUAUAUAUAUAUAUAUAUUGUUAGAAAUGUGAUUUACAACACAGUCACAAAAACACAACAAAAGAGUGUGCCAAUUUCCUUUCUGCAAUACAGUUUGUAAUCUCAAAGAGUAGGUGAGAGAGCAUUCUAAUUGUCUGGCGUAUGAAGAUUGCAUUUGACAGCUCCACUACAUCUAGUCCUUCUGCUGCAAAUAAAAACAGAGAUUCAUUAAGGCAGACAGGAGAGUGAAUGUAAAACCAGACUUUCAAAAUAGAGCAGAGAGGUAAGCAGAUCAUAUCCAUUAAAAGAGAGAAUUCCACCGGCUCCUGAUUAAAAAAGCUAGAAGUCCUGCAAGAAACCAAACCAGUUGAGAACUACAGGCAAAAUGAGGUACAAGAGAAAUAUCAGGUUAUAACAUUCACUGAUCAUUCUACACAUAAAAUGUUAGCUUUUAAAUGUUAAUGUUAAUAAUGACUGUGUGCAGAUGUAUCAUACAUGCAUUGUAUCUGGUCUAGAUUUUGUGAGAAAUACUGACCAUCUGUGAGAUAAUGAUAGGAAAAUCUGUCUAUAUUGUAAUUGAUUACAUCCUCCAUUGGUUGCAAUAACACAGGCAACAUUGCUAAUAUAAUUAUGACUUACUCUUUAAUGCAAAGAUGAUUCAUACUCAUAGAGCCCUUAGUUAACCUUGCUAGGUUGGCUGUCUACAGAGAUUUAAAUUCUCAGUUCGUUCCAUGAUGAGUUCAGGAGAUUGAAUGUUUGUAGCUAAUUAGUGUAUAGUGCCUUUGCAGGAGAGUAAAGGAUGUUCUGCAUCACAAAUUACAUGUUAUGAAAUACUACUGAGCACUAUUUAAAUCACAAUAUUACAGCCACUUUGCUGCAGGUAACAAAUCACACAGUUAUGGGAUGAAGACAACAAUCAACAAAAAUUACUUAGUAAAAUGUUUAACUUGAUGAAAAUGUAAAAAAAUCACAGUUAAGUCUGUAGCGGAACAUGCCUUGUGAAAAACCAAUGACUAUUGUACAGAAUAAAGUGAACAUAGGUUUAUCCCUUUGUCAGCCAAUGUUAUGUGGUAGAACAAAUGUGCCCAUGUUAUUUUGUGUGCAAAUGCAAAGUGCUUCAGAUUCAUUGCUGCUAUAUUCUAAUAGCCACUUGACUAAAAAAAGCUCUCAAAUAAUAAAUGUUCUGUAGUACAAGAGUUAGCUGGCUAACUCCUCACUAAUUUCCCCUGGAUUAAGACAUUAAACAAAAGCAAUCAGCAGAUGGAUUUAGGCUUUUGGUCUGCGAUUAUACAAUACACAUAAAAUGUGUCAUAAAAUGAUAUUUAAUAAUUCAUAAUUUAUAAUUGCAGGCAUUGUUAUUCAUGUAUGAGUGGUAAAAGACACAUGGACACAUGCGCACGAACCCCAAUUCAAACAAAGAGAUUUUAUCACAACUGUCUUAUAUCAAAACUGUGAGACAUACUAGGUUGUGCUCAUGUUUACAUUGGUUGAUGCAUAGUAUUUUUGUAUGUAGUACCUUGUAUAUUUUGAAUAAAUGUCUGUAACAAUCUGUACAAUCAUUCUAUUGUUUUAAUUUUUCAAAUGACUGAACGGGCACCCUCCUACCUACGGUAUAAAUGCAUGAUACAUAUACGGACUAUUUCAAUAUGGACCAAUGCAGCAUCCAGGUCCCUUAGCCUUCUCAAGCCCUACAUGACCCGUGGAUAUGUGUGGCCACAAAAGGAGUAGAAAUAUCUUUGUAUAGGCUCAAUUACAUUUACAUUUUACGCAUUUGGCAGACAAUUUUAUCCAAAGCGACUUACAUUGCAUUAUACUAUACAUUUGUUUCUAAGAAUGUGCAAUCCCCUGGGAUUCGAACCCAUGACCUUGGCGUUGCUAACGCCAUGCUCUAAAACACUUGAGCCACAGAAAAGCUAGCCAUUAAUUACACACUUCAAGAGAGUAACAACACAAACCUCUCCUGUAGCACUAUGGUACAAUAGCACCACUCGCGCCCUUAAAAGAGAAACACCUAAACUGGAACGCAAAUGGAAACAAACCCAGUUAGAGGUCUUUAAAACUGCGUGGAAAGAGAGUGCAAACUGUUAUAAAAAGGCACUCAAAGCAGCAAAGGCUGAGCACCUCCGUAACCUCAUAGAAACUAACAAAAAAGGUUAUCAUCCAAGGUUUUUAUUUAGUACAGUUGCUAAAUUAACAAAUAAACAGACAUCACCUGACCUGGUUAUUCCGUCGCACCUUGGUAGCAAUGAUUUCAUGAUUUUUUUUACAGAGAAAAUCGAAAACAUAUGAGACAAAAUAGUAAAAACUCAACCUCCAAGUCUGUCCUAUGAAUUAGUACCAACCAUCGCCCCAAAAGAAAGGCUACAGUGUUUUUCACCUAUAAAACAGGAAGAUUUAAUUAAACUUAUUGCAACAUCUAAACCUACAACUUGCUUAUUAGACCCCAUACCAACUAAACUAUUAAAAGAGUUAUUACCCGUUGCAAUUGAGCCCAUUUAUAACAUUAUCAACUCGUCAAUUAAUCUAGGCCAUGUCCCAGGACCCUUCAAACUGUCAUUAAGCCUCUUAUCAAGAAACCAAACUUAGACCCCAAUGAACUAGGAAACUAUAGACCGAUUUCAAAUCUCCCUUACCUGUCUAAAAUACUAGAAAAAGUAGUGUCCACUCAGUUGUGCUCUUUCUUACAAAAUAAUGACAUACACGAAAAAUUACAGUCAGGCUUUAGACCGCAUCAUAGUACUGAAACUGCACUCGUUAAAAUUACAAACUACCUGCUUAUAGCAUCAGAUAAAGGUAACAUCUCACUCCUAGUCCUGCUUGACCUUAGUGCUGCGUUCGAUACUGUAGACCAUAAAAUACUUCUAGAUCGCUUACACAAUUAUACCGGUAUUCAGGGACAGGCACUACAAUGGUUCAGAUCUUACUUAUCAGACAUAUAUCAAUAUGUCCAUUUAAAUGGGGAAUCAUCAAAUCUAACGCAAGUAAAUUAUGGAUUACCUCAGGGAUCGGUUUUAAGACCCUUGCUAUUCUCCAUAUACAUGCUGCCCCUUGGAAACAUUAUUAGAAAACAUGGAAUUAGCUUCCACUGUUAUGCUGAUACUCAGCAAUAUAUCUCAUCAAGACCAGAUGAUUCCUUCCAGCUAUCCAAAUUGGCACAGUGCAUCGAAGAUAUAAAACAUUGGAUGACUUGUAAUUUCCUUCUUUUAAAUUCUAAUAAAACAGAAAUAUUACUUAUCGGACCAAAGACACGUGAGCAGAAUAUUUCGGAUUAUAGCCUGCAAAUUGAAGGCUGCACUGUUACUCCAGCAAAUACAGUUAAAGACCUAUACGUUAUAUUAGACAGCAACCUGUCAUUUAAAAAUCACAUCUCAAAUGUCACAAAAACAGCCAUCUUCCACCUUAGAAAUGUUGCCAAAUUGCGAAAUAGUUUAUGUGUGGCUGACGCAGAGAAGCUUAUUCAUGCAUUUGUGACCUCAAGACUUGACUACUGUAAUGCACUGCUUAGUGGUUGUCCUGCAUCAUCAAUAAACAAACUACAGUUAGUUCAGAAAGCAGCUGCCAGAGUUCUAACCAGGUCCAGAAAAUACGAUCACAUAACCCCAAUGUUAUCAAGCCUUCACUGGUUACCCAUUAAGUAUCGUAUUGACUUUAAAGUUCUUUUAAUAACAUAUAAAGCCUUAAAAGGUUUAGCCCCUACCUACAUAACAGAGCUUCUACCACACUACAACCCAUCACACUCUCUAAGAUCUCAAAACUCAAGACUUUUGAUAACACCUAGAAUAACUAAAUCCACCAAAGGGGGUAGAGCUUUCUCAUACGUAGCACCUAAACUCUGGAAUAGCCUUCCCGAUACUAUUUGAGGGUCAGACACACUCCCAAUUUAAAUCUAGAUUAAAGACACAUCUUUUCAGCCAAGCUUUCACUUAAUACAUAGUUAAUGAACAGCAGCUAUGCUAAUUAUUCUCUUUCUGCCCUCGCCUCGGGGAUGCCCAUCCCGAGGUAGGGAGAGAUUCCGCCAGACCCAGAUGAACGUCAUAUGCCCAUCCCCAACUAGAGAUUAUGCCAGCUACAUCUGAAAAUCCCGUACCAUCCUCCUGCGAGAGCCUGCGGACUGACUGACCAUCCCAGCUACAUCCAAGGCAAUUCCAUCACCACCCAAGAGAAAAGCGACCAUCUGACCAGCCCAGCUCAGACAAUUCCAUCCCCAACCAAGAGCAAAGACGGACUACUUGUCACAUUAAUGCUAAAUUUACAAUAUUUGGUAUUUAAUGCUAAAAUUAUAUCACAUGACAGCAGUUUGAAGUUAUGGCUGAACUCAGUGACUUUGAAUGGAGGUUGCUGGGUGGGUGUUUGUGGGGAGGUGGGGGGGCUUGUUGGUUGUGGUUUGGGGUGUUUCAUUUGUUGGGACUGUGUGGGUCUGGUCUGGUCUUGUUUUGUGGUCGAUGUCAGACAACAGAGGAAUAAAGUUGAUUAUGCCAUUACUAUUUUUCCCUGGUUGUUCCUGUUGUCUGGUGUCAAUCGCAGAAUGGGACCGGGUUGGACCUGCACGGUUUCGGCGGGUGGGGCUUCCUGGGUCGUGGCUUGUGGGUUCUCCCUGUUCUUCGUGGACGUUUGCUCGGUGGCUUUUGGUCGGGGUCACUGAGUGCAGCUAUGACCGUCAGAGGAGAUCUGGCCCUCCUGGCUGAGCCUGGUUUCUUCCGAGGUUUUUUUACUCCAUUAAUCAUCAUUGGAGUUUGGGUUCCUCGCCACAGCAGAGCAGUGUUGGCUUGCUCACCGGGAGACUGCAUUUAUUUAUUAGAUAUUAUUUAUUAGAAUGAUCUUGCUUGGUCUAUAAACACCAUGCACUGUGCUUUGUUUUACCUUUCUGUGUUUUUAUGUUUUUCUUAUUUGCUCCUGUAAAGCUGCUUUGGAACAAUGCACAUUGUGAAAAGCGCUAUAUAAAUAAAAUAAAAUUGAAUUGAAAUGUGUAAGUACAUAAACAGAUUACAGAGAAUCCAAUUACAAAGGUGUUGCUUGGGUUUGAAGUAUUUGUCCAUGUGUAAAUCGACGAUUUCAAGAUGAAAACUACUAAAAGUAAUACUAGUGCCUAAAAGUGGAUUUUUAAAAAUGUAUUGAAAAUGACAAAAAUGAUAAUG